CAAAAUGUCAGUGCAUUGACGGAAAUGAAAACGCUGGAAUUGACAUUUAUGUUGUUUUGACUAAAUUUAAGAUUUUGGACUUUAAAUGGUGUGUGAAUUAUGUAAAAAAAUCAUCAUUUAGAAAAUAGGUACCUAGUUUAUAAAAUUUGUGUUCAGUUGUGAAGAUGAGAAUUGCUCAAAAACGAACAUAGCGUUUAUCGUCGUCCCAUCAUGGAUCGCAAUAUACAAGCCGUUCAACACGGUCUGCCCGUAUCGGUGCUCGAUGCCGCUCACGCAAACGAAUAUUUCGAACAAUUCGUCAACGCUACCAGCUUGAAAAACAUUUUAGGUUAUUAUCGAGGUCUCAUAGAUUGCCUCCAUUUGAGACCGAACGUAUUCAAUUUGUUUUAUCCAAAAUUGAAAGCUAAUUUGGUUUCGUGGCGAGCUAAGGCGCUUUUGAAAAAGUUCGACGCUAGAGCGUCGCAUAAAUGUUAUCAAAAAGGUAAAUUGGCGGCUAACACCAAAGUUUUGGUGAUAGGGGGAGGACCGUGCGGUAUGAGGACUGCUAUUGAAGCACAGCUGUUGGGUGCCAAAGUGGUUGUAGUAGAAAAAAGGGACAGAUUUUCAAGAAAUAACGUCCUGCAUUUAUGGCCUUUCGUGAUAGAAGAUCUGAGGAUGCUCGGGGCGAAGAAAUUUUUCGGAAAAUUUUGCGCUGGGGCCAUCGAUCACGUCAGCAUCAGGCAGUUGCAGUGCAUUUUAUUGAAAGUGGCCCUUCUUUUGGGAGUCGAAGUACACACCGAAGUCAGUUUUGAGGCUCUAAUAGAACCGAAUGCUACAGACAAGAUAGGUUGGAGGGCUGAGUUCAAGCCCGCCAAUCACCCGGUAUCCCAAUACGAAUUCGACGUCGUGAUAGGCGCAGACGGUAAACGUAACACCCUCCAGGGAUUCACCAGAAAAGAAUUUAGGGGAAAGCUCGCGAUAGCGAUAACCGCCAAUUUUAUUAAUAGAAAAACGGAAGCGGAAGCUCGAGUAGAAGAGAUCAGCGGCGUAGCUUUUAUAUUUAACCAAAAGUUUUUCAAGGAUCUGCAAGAAGCGACCAGAAUCGAUUUAGAAAAUAUUGUUUAUUACAAAGACGAUACCCAUUAUUUCGUCAUGACCGCCAAGAAGCACAGUCUGAUCGAAAAGGGCGUCAUCAAACAAGAUUACGCCGAUACCGAAAAACUAUUGGCGCCCGAAAACGUCGAUAAAGAAGCCCUCCAACAAUACGCGAUAGAAGCCGCCAGUUUCAGCACCAAUUAUCAAUUGCCCAACUUGGAAUUCGCCGUCAACCAUUACGGUCAACCGGACAUAGCCAUGUUCGAUUUCACGUCCAUGUACGCUGCGGAAAACGCCUCCAAAGUAGUCGAAAGAAACGGAUACAAGUUGUUGAAGAUAUUAGUUGGGGAUAGUUUAUUGGAGCCGUUCUGGCCGACCGGUUCGGGUUGCGCCAGAGGUUUCCUAUCCUCUUUAGACGCAGCUUGGGCUAUCAGAAGUUGGGCUUUGGGCAAUUAUUCACCAUUGGAAGUGAUGGCCGAACGAGAAUCAAUUUAUAGAUUGUUGGCCCAAACUACGCCUGACAAUUUGAACAAAGAUUGGAAAUCCUACACUUUGGAUCCGAGUACAAGAUAUCCGAAUUUGAACAAGGGCGUCGUUUUGCCGAAUCAAGUUAUUUGUCUCUACGAUACGGACAAUCCGGCCGGUAUUGAUAAAAUGAAACGCACCUCCAACGAUAAACCGGCGGAAAUACCGAAAAAAAGAAGAAGAGGCAUCGUCGAUAACGAAGUCUUGCUCAAUUGGUUGACCGAACAACUGAAAGAUACCGAAGAUGUGAACACCAACGAUUUGGAAAUGAUUUUCAGAGACGGUAAAGUUUUAUGUGCAAUAAUACAUCAUUACAGACCGGAUCUAAUAGAUUUCGGCGCAAUUGCAAACAACGAUCCAGCGAAGAAUAAUCAGAUAGCCAUAGAUGUCCUCGAAAAGGAACUGGGUGUACCACCUGUGAUGACCGGUGCUGAACUAACCGUGACCGAAGAUUAUUUAACCAUGGCCAGUUACCUUACUGAAGUAUACGAUUGCUUUAGGGGUGAAAUACCGCACGUUAAACACCCCAAAUUAAAUUGUCAUCGAAACAACCGUUCGAUGUCACCAAUAACUUGUAUAAAAUGCUGUUGUACCCCCUUCAAUUCGACCAAAAAACGGAGUCCUUGUAAGAAAUGUUUCCUAGCGUAUCAUUCAGAAGUGAAAACAACGAAUAAUUUCAGAAAAAAAUGCGUUGCUUUGAGCCAACAGAAUUUUUCUGUAGUUUCGAUAACCGAAUCCCAUAAAUCAGGACAUCCUGAUGUUCUUCGCAAUGAUUUAAUUAUGAAAAAAUCUACUCACAAAACCAAAAGAAAAAGGAAAACUAAAAAGAAAAAAUGCGUCAAGGGGGCGUCUUCGAGUAGCGAUGGUCAAGUGGAAAAUCGAGAAAGAAGAAAACGUGAUAUAAAAUCGAAAAUAAAUAAUUCGACAAAGAAGCGUUCCAACGAAGAUAAAUUAAUAUAUUAUCGUGAAAAGGAAUUUAGAAAAGUCCUGGAGCAUAUUUUAUUUAAAAGAAAAUUAUUCUAUUUUGAAAAUACCGUUUUUGGAAAUAAAAUCGAAUUUUUUAAUACCAUAAAUGAUGAUAAUGGACAUAUUUCGUCCAAAAUUGAUAAUAAAGAAGAAAUCAUUAAAAAAUCUUUUGAUAAAAUUGAUAAAAAUGAAGAAACAGUUACAGAUGUUGAUGAUAUAAAAAAUGAGAUGAUUACAAAAGAAAAAAUCACAGUUUCAAAAAAAACCGUUGAAGAUAUUGACAAAAAUAACCUAGAAACUGAUGACGAAUUGAUAAAAACUGAAGAUGGAGUAACGACGGUCCGAAACGUUGAUACUAGUGAAAAGAAAAAAUUGGAUAAAAAUAUUUCUACCGAUAUUGUGAUACCUAUUGGAUUUAAAUUGGAGGAGAACGAGGAAAAUCCGCCAUCUAAUGUUAUUUUCGAUAAUGAAAUUGAAAUUUCGAAAAAUGAAUCACCCGGAUGUCAACCGAAAUCAAACAAACGACUCAAGAUUCGCGUGUACGAGAAAAUUGAUAACAAACUGACGGUGCAAACAAUAGAGUACAUCGAACCCGUUGAUUUUUUGAGUAUUUCGUCCAAAAUCGAAAUUAAUAACUACACUGAGAAACUGUGCCACAGUAAAAAAGUUUUGUCCGACGAAAAUCUCCUGCGCGCGAACGACAUUUUCGUUCCGCCCCGUAUAUCGAACAUGAAAUCGCGUUGCCGUGACUUUGACGGACAUGAGGAGAACCGUAAAUGUCACAUAAAAUCGGAGUGUCGUCGAAAAAAAUUUCUGUCUAAGAUCAUGAUCGAUGGGAACGGGAUGUCGAAUCAAAUUUACAGUAGAGUUUCCCAUUGGAUAACCUCGAACGAUUUUCUGAGCCAGGAAAACAUCCGAGCCGAUACCGACGCGGAGACCGUCGUAUCGAACGGCAAAGUUACCGAUAUAACUUCAGUAUCGAAGAUGGAUCAGUACCAGGGUAUCGUGGUGGAGGAACGCACCGACGUGGUGAAUUUCGUCGGCGGCAAAUUAACGAAAACGUCCGAGGAAAAUUUCGCCGAGAAAAUGAAAAAUUUAAAUAACAAAUCGGUGAGGACGCUGUCGAAAUUUUCGCAGUAUUCGCCGUUUCAACAUCCCCCAGCUUUGAAGUCGAUCUCGGCGCCGCCGAAACAGUUUUCCGUCAUCGUGGAAGGAGAAGAAACCGCCAUAGGCGAUAACUGCGAGUUACCCAUUGAAACGAACAAAAAAAGCGAAUUAUCCUUCAAAACGAUAAAAACCUCGAUCGCACCGGUGACUAUACUUCCUAACAGACCUUCCAGUAGGCACAAGCACAAACAUGCGGAUCAGUCUACUCAGAAGGCGAACAGUAUCGAUAGGAAACCGAGAAAACGAAGAACUUUGGAAAAAGUCGGCGCCAAUGUGGAAGAACGACAGAAGAUGCUGGAAGAAAUAGCCGCCAAUCGAAUGGAACGACAACAUAAAAGACGCAUACAAAGAAAAUUACAAACCGAACAGUUUCUAAAAAGUAUGCAGAUGCUUCGGGCCAACGCUAAACCGGAUUCACAACCGUUUGAAGAUUAUUCGAUAUUUUUGUAUAGGCAAACGGCGCCCAAGUUCCAAGACCGAGUCAAAGAUUUAGAAAAACAAUUCACAUACGUCCCAGAUCACGAAAACAAACCGAGCCAAUUAUCGUCGCGCAGCGGCGGCAAAGACGAAGACAUCGCAGCUAAAAUAAAAAAUUUGGAAAGCAAAUGGCGACAACCGCAACCGGUGGAAAAGAAACCCAAAGAUUUAUUAAGGGCCAUAGGUAAAAUCGAAACGUCGGAUUGGAAUAUCAAAGAAAUCGAAAAGAAAAUCAUGGAAAACAAAAUGGGAAAACCGUCUAAAGCCAUCGACAAAGAAAAAGUACCGAAAUGGAGCAAGGAACAGUUUUUGGCUAGACAGACCAAAAUGGAAAAGAAACAUUUGGACAGACAGAAUAGCGAAGAAGCGAAAUUCGCCGACAUAGAUAGGAGUAUAAGAAAUUUGGAUCAGAAAUUGAAAGAAGGAACCGUAAGAGAAUUAGGACAAAAAAAAGUCGCUACAAUCGCCGAAAAAUUGGUUAAAAAUAUACCGGCGGAAGCUAAACCUCCUGAAAGAACGAAUCGACAGUUGAUUUUACCGACACAGAACGCGUCGCAAUUUUGUCAUUUUUGCAACAAACGCGUUUAUCUAAUGGAACGUUUAUCGGCCGAAGGGAAAUUUUUCCACCACGGAUGUUUCAAAUGUCAAUAUUGUCAUGUGCAAUUACGUCUCGGAUCGUACACGUUUGAUCGCGACGGUUUAUACGGAUACAGAUUUUUCUGUUUACAACAUUUCGGUAUGAUGGGAGAAAUACCGACUGCAAGGGUAACUAGGAAACCUUCGACGAAACGUACGGAAAGAUCUAGUCCGGAUAAAAAAUCGCUGUCUGGUAUUGCGGGAGUCGAUCUAUUAGAUAAAGUUCAAACCCCAGAACGAAUUGAAUUUUCUAAUCUAUCUUCCGGACACGUUUCUUCGGACCAAGAAGAUUCCCUCAAUCAGAUAGACGAAGACGAAUGGACGGAUAAAAACUUCGGUGCUUCUUGUGCCGAAUUAGAUGACACUGAAGAUGAUUCUUCGAGCAUAAGUGAUACCGACAGUGACGACGAGGCAUACGACGACGCUUUAGAACAACCUCCGACGAAAGAAGGAACAUUGAGAUGGGCGGAAAGAUGGAAGAACAGUUAUAGAAGAAGAAGACAUUCGGAAUCGGACGAAUACAGUAGUAGCGAUCAAUCCAGUUAUUAUGACAGCUCAGAUGUGAUAAAGAAGUUGAUGGGGCUAACGCCGUUCAUGAGGUUGAGGUUAUUGAGGCGUGACGAAUCCGAAACGGCAACAGAGGGAGAAGAAGAAAUCCGCGCUAGAGAAUUGCGAAAAAAAGAAGUUUGCGUCGAACCGCCCAUCGUUCAUACCGACACCGGCACGGAUACAGAGAUUGUAUCAGAUGAAAGUAGUUCCGAAACGUCGAGCGAAAUUCAAAAUUCGGCAACGGAAAUAUCGACGGAUUCCGAAUUCGCCCAAGACGAGCCGACUCCGACGAGGGAAUUACCUUCGAUCCUUCUCAACGAUUUCCACGUAAACAAAACGAGGGGCGGCGGCAACCUACCGAAAAAGAUCCAGGUGACCAGUCGUUAUCUGCAAAAACCUAGUGACGGUGGAAAAGCGAAAAAAUCGAAUAUCGAAUUGAAAUUAUCACCUUUGGUACCACCUCCCGCACAACCGGUAAAAAAACCAGCACCAGUAUCUUUGACACGACCGGAAGGUUACAGUUUGAAUCGCACACAAAGCACCGGUGGUAUAGCGGCUAAGGUAUCGCUCGAAUUAAAAAAAAAAUAUUUAUUGGGCGAAACGAGUCCCGGUAGCAUCCAAAAAUCUGGUAGCGCCUCCACUCUAGACACUAAAUUCAAAAGCUUCCACACUAACAUUACAGAUUGUCAAAAGAUGUUGAAACCCUCGCCGGAAAUAAGCGCCAGUAUGCAAACUUUCUGCAAAAAAUUGAACGAACUCAAAUCGCCGGUUCUGUCUCCGCAACCUUCGAUCAUAUUCACCAAAGAAUUAGAUAACGAAGAAAAAAAAGAAGAAGAAAAAGCAGAAAUAGAAGAACCGGUAUUCGAAAACGUGUCCGAAGGUCGACCGAGAAGUCCGCUUCACGAAACGUCCAUAAUAGUCCCGCAAAUCGAUUGGGGCAAACAAAACAACAGUUUAACAUCGGACAGUUUAGUUUCGUCGGAUAGCGAAAAAGAAGAACCGUCGUCAAAAUCGAAAUUAUUCCAAAAUAUACCGAGAGUUGAGGUGCAUACCGUCGCCGAUGACGAAGAAAUCGUCCCAGAUUCCUUAGUAUGUAUUAAUCCGUCCUUAGAAUCGACGAAAUCGAUUAUUAACGAUAAAAAAACUUUGAAUCAACCGAAAAUUUUACCGAAUUUGGAAAAUUUAUUACCGGAAAUACACAAUUCCUUACAUAUUAAAUAUAAGAGCGUCGAAAAAGAAACGCCGGAAGUUGCCGUCAAUUCUAGCGGAUUUAGUUCGCCGGAAUCCGUAGCCGAACAAUUAACGACAGCUCUAACGGAAACGGAAUUAUCGGAUUGGGCGCGAGACGAAGUAGUUUCCGACGAUUUCGAAGACGGCGAAUUCGAAAUACACAUCAAAUACACCGACGAUUCGAAAUCGGCUAAAAAAGCGGAUCUAUUAGAAUUCGACGAUUCGAUAUCUUCGAAAAAGGAAAUUGGAAACGUAACCGAAACCAAAAAUAACAUUCUAAGCGUUAAUUUAGACCAAAUCGAAUUUAUGGAUACCGGUACGGAAACUAGUACCGAAGACGGCGUCGUAAACAAUCGAAACGGUUACGUUUUAUUUAAAAACGAAGAAGAUUUCGCCGAAGAUAGUCUAAAUCCCAAUAUAAACGAUAUAGUCGAAGCUAUUAAUAACGUUAAAAUAGAAGAAAACGUAAAGCAAUCGGAAACGGAACCGAUAAAAAGUAUUAAUAACGAAAUAGAAGAAGAAAACAGCGUUCAAAUAAUCGAAUCCGGUACUACAACCGAAGAAAACACUUUUACCGAAUCGACCGUUAAAAAUAAAUUAAUCGAAGAAAAUAUCGAUAAUAACGUAGAAUUUCACGAACAUUGUCAACGGCUGCAAUCGAAAAUCGAAUUUUCCAACGUCAAAGAUUCUAUUGACGUGAGAAAAAGUAGAAGGAAAAGUAAAAGUGACGUUUUACAAAAACCCGAUCUCAUCACCGAAGAAAUACAAAUAACGACACCGUCCCCUAAUAAAAUUUCGCUACCCCACACCCCCGAUAUACUAUACAACAAAGAGGUUAUCAAAAAAGAAAGAGACACCAAUCAAAAAUUAAUACAAGAAAUGGUAAUGAACAAGAUGAAAGCGGAAAAUAAAUCGUUGGAAAGAAAAAAAAGAAAUAAAACGUCACCGUUCGAAUUAACGAAAACCGAUAAAAAAAUUACCACCCCCGAUGUGUUAUUAUCGACGAAUUACCCUCUGCAAAAUACCAAAAUCGAAUUUUCAAUACCGAAAAGUCACAAUUCCGAUCAGUUCUUGUUAAGUUCGCCGAUGAAGACCGAUACUACGCCGAAAGCGCCGCCUCGGUAUAACAAAUCAACCGAAGAAGUAAACAGAAAAUUGGAAAAAUUGAAACAAACCGUCAAAGCGCGCAACAAAGAAAACAAUCAACCGAACAACGUUUCGUUUAGACGAUGCUUCAGUGGUAAUUACGAAUUUUCCGAUCCGAUUUCUAACGAUAAUUCGUUGUCUUCGAGAGCGAAAUCGAUACCGGAUUUUCCUCGGCAAAUAACUACGGUCGAAUCCAUUAAAUCAGAUCCAUCGGAAAGGAUCAAAGUUUACAAAUCCGAUCCGAAUAUAUUGGAAACGAACGUCGGGAAAAGUAAAAACAAAGGUAAAGAUAGGGAAAGAAGGAAAAGCAUAACGAGGCUGAUCGCGGAUUUUUUUACGAGGAAAAGUCCCAUUUCGACCGGUUCUAAAGGAUUAUUUGGAAAAUUGUCGCCGAAAUCGAAGGAAACUUCCAAGUCUUGUACGAAUCUGGAUUACAGAAAAGAUCUGGUUAUUCGUGACAUACCUCAAAGGAAAUGUUUAUCAGAGAGUUUCAUCGACAGGAAUACGACACCGCCUCCGGUACCGCCUCUACCAACUAAUUACGUCAGGAAAACUGACGAUAGUUCAGAGGGCGAGGAACACAAAAAGCCAAACCACAGUUCUUGCGAUACCCUGGACUUGACCGGUGUAUCCGCCGGAAGUACGUCUGGCAGAAGAUCGAGCAGAUCGAGACGAAUCAGUCGACAGGCUCAAUUGAAAAGACACCGUAUGGCUCAAGAGAUACAACGAAAACUAGAAGAGACUGAAGUUAAAAUGAAAGAACUGGAAGAUAGAGGGGUAACGGUGGAAAAAGCGUUAAGGGGUGAAAGUAUCGGCGAUACGUCUAAAGACGAAGCCGAAUUGUUGCAAGAAUGGUUCGAUUUGAUGAGGGAUCGUACCGAACUCAGGAGAUACGAACGCGAGCUUACAGUUAGAGCCCAAGAGCUCGAACUCGAAGACAGACAUUCGAGAUUGCAACACGAACUUAGAGAAAGGAUAGAAAACGAUAAACCGAAAACUAAAGAAGACGUCGAAGUCGAGGAGAGUAUCAUCAACGAAAUGAUAAGGAUAGUAGAAAAACGAGAUUCGUUGAUAGCCGAAAUAGAAGAAGACAGAUUAAGAUAUUCAAAUGAAGAUAGGGAUUUUGAAGAACAAAUGCUUGCCAAAGGGUUGAGAUUAACUCCAAUAAAGAAUACGUCAGAUCAUUAAAAAGAAAUUCCAUUUGUUCAAUUAUUUUUUGUUUCCUUUUUUCGGCUAUUAUAAUACCGAUAUAUUUUUAUUUAUUUUUAUAUAUUAAUCUAAACGUAAGUUAGAGAAAAAGCGAUAAAAGGGUGAUAUUUUUGUAAGAUGUACAAAAGUUGAUGAUUAAGUGAUCAGGUCGAAACGUUAUUAAUAUUUCAAUUAAAAAAUAAUUUUAUAUUAAUAACGUGUUGAUUCCUAAACAUUACAAACUGUCACUGUAUUUAGAUGUUUUCGAAACUUGAUACGUUACAAUCAUAUUUUGGGGGAUUUAGAUAAUCAGUCUAAAUCAGAAGUUCCCAAAUCUUUUUUUUUAUCGUAAAUCACUUUUAACUAAUUUUAGUUGAUAUAUUUACCCCAUAUUCCCAAAAAAUCAAAUCUAACUAUGGAAAUUCGAGGAUAUUCCUGUUGUAGAGCUUCCAUGGACCCCUGGGGGUGCACCUAGACCACUUUGAGAAUCACUGGUAAGUAAAUGACAAAACUGCCUAAUUUUCCAACCACAGCAUUAGAUAUACUUAUGGAAGGCUCAUCCACUAGUUCAAAUUCCAGGAUUUUCUUAUUAUCGAUCAUUGUUUUGGCUUUUCCAUAACAAUACAUCUUUUUGUUUCUUCCCUUCUCCCAUACAUCAAGGUGUUUCUAAAUCAGCGAAUAAGGAAAUCGAAUUACAAGUCAGCAGUUGAAUGGAUCCCUUAUAUCCAGGUAUCCAAAAAAGCAGCCCUACCGGUCGUUUGUAAACCAGCUCAUUGAGUGCCUUGUAGCCAGAAUCAACUUUGAUACAGUGAUCGUGCUAAUCCAGAAUCAUUAAUGUACGAGGACUGUAUAUAUAGCUCGAAGUAGCUUUUCAAAAUACACCUAGGAGAUGUUAAAACUACAAAUUUGAGUCAAGAUUCACUCAAUUGAACUCCUAGAUUAAGUCGAUUUGAAGUAACUAGUGAGGUUAGUAUAUUUUUAUGGGAAACUAGUAACGAAAAGAAAUUCAUAAGAUUUUGAAGAUUAUUUUUAGUUUAUAGCGAUUGAAGAGGAAAUAUAUUUGAUUUUUUGGUAUUUUUAUGCAUUGAAAACCAAAAUUUUAAUCAGAAUUUGCUGUUUGUAACUUUAAUGUUUAUAUAAAUCGUUUUUACGUAAUUAUCACACUACGUCAGUCGAUUUAAGUUACUUUGGAUUCUAUUUCUUUCCAAAUACUAUAAUAGUAAUUUUCCAAUAGAAAAUCUUUUGCUACAAUUCCUUUAAAUCUAUAAAAUAAUUUAAUUCUCCGAAAUAUAAUUGUAUCUUAUAAUUUAUUGAUUAUUAUCGAUUUCUUGUAUUAUCUUUUUCAAAGUAAAACCAAAUUUAUUAUUUUAUUCUUUUAUAAUAUAAUAUAAUUUCAUAACAAUUAGUUGCAGUGAAUUUUAAUAUGUGAUAUAAUGUAAGAAUUGAGAAAAAUUUUAAGCCUUAAUAAUUUUUUCACGUAUUAAUGAAUCACACUAUAUAUUAUUAGUAUUUUCAUUUUAAAUAUCCGAAAGCUUUGAAAUAAACAAUGUUUUCAAUAUUCUAUGGAAAAUUUGAUAAAUAAAUUUGAAUUUUAAUCGAUUUUUAACAAUUUAACCAAUAAUCACUUACCUUAAAAAAAUAUCAAUUUGUUUUCUUAAAUUUCAGUGCAUUUGAUAUUUCUAUGAAUUUAAGUACAUGUACGAACGAAUGAAACACGGAAAUACAUUAAAAUUCGCGAUUAAUUAACAAUUUUCUAUAAAUAUUCACACAACUCGAUGUAAUGGCUGAUAGUGUUUCAAUAACAUUUGACUAUAGGUUAGAUUUCAUAAAAAGAACAUUUGAACUCCACAGCACUCUCCGCAAUCACGUUUACGAGAGUCGAGUGCGUUUUGAAACCAACAUUUACGAGUACACUUAGAGUGGAACAUAGAAUUGUGAUUUGAAACUUCAUUGUUUUAACAUUAAUAUUAAUGACUAAUUUUAAAUUGCGCGGUUAACUAGAUUUUGUGGUGCCAUCUUGCGGUGAGUAGAUGUAGUUUGAAAAUUCAAAUUUAUCAUAUCAAAUUUUCGUAUUUUAUUAAAUAAAAAAUAAUCAUCACUUGAUGAAAUUAUAUCUAUUAACUCAAUUUUUUUAUUAGUCAUGUGCUGUUUAAGAAUAUUUUAAUCGUAACGAGGUGUUUGAAAAUUAAGGUCACUUUAUUUCGAUUUACAAACCUGAAAAAGUCACCCGAAAUGGAAUCUGGUGAAUAUGGUAAUUAUUACAACAAAAAUUAUAGUAGAAAUGAGUAUAUGUAUGUUAUCUUAUAGAAAAAUGUAUAUGUAUACCAACAUAACCAAAAAAUAAUAACCUAAUUAUCCCGCGAAAUUUGAAAAGUUACCUUAUGUUUUUAAACACAACACGUUUUUUUUUGUUUCAAUUAGUACGAUGUAUUAGAAAAUUAUAAAA